AUGGCGGCUCAAUCCCAUCCGCCUUGGGGCUACCGGUGGCGGUCAUCCAAACCAUUCAUCAUCUCCACCGUCAUCAUCGCCUUGUUUUGCGACACCUUCUUGUACGGCUUCCUGGUCCCCAUCCUGAGUUAUAUGCUCGAGGCACGGCUCCGCAUCGACCCGUCCGAAACCCAGCACCUCACCACCGCUUUACUCGGUUGCCACGGCUUUCUUACCCUGACCUCGGCGCCCAUCAUCGCCUACUUUGCAGACAAGACACCGGACCGAAAGAUACAUCUCCUGACGUCUCUCGCGGCGUGCCUCGCAGGAACGGUCCUUGUUGCUUGGAGCCCGUACCUUUGGGCCCUUUUCCUCGGCCGGUUUGUGCAAGCCGUCGCCGGCUCUGCCGCCUGGAUAUUCUGCUUCACAGUAUUGUCCGACACCGUCGGCAUGCAGCACAUGGGCAAGGUGAUGGGCGUGGCCAUGUCCUUCGUCACGGCCGGCGUAGUUGGAGGGCCAAUGAUUGCCGGCUCCAUGCUGCAACUCGUCGGCUACUGGCCUGCGUGGUCGGCUCCUCUGGUCUUGUUGGUCCUCGACAUGAUGGCGCGUCUGGUUAUGAUCCAAGAACAAGACUCACCUGCCGGCGGCAGCGACUCUCGGGACUUGACGGAGCCUUCAAGCUCGCCUACUACCGCGGCCGGACGCACGACGUCCAGUGACGUGGAACCAUCAACGGUCUCGUCGUCGAGGCCUCUCAACUACCAGAGCAUCAGUCCCGGUCCGACCGUCAAAGGGACCGAGGGAGCGCCGCCGUCACGUGGCGGUUUCUACCGCAUCAUGUUCCGGGAUGCCCGAGUCCUUGUCGGGGUGGCAAACUCGGUCACGUUUUCCGCCAUUGUAGCUGGAUUCGACGCUACACUGCCCAUCCACCUGCACAAGGUGUUUGGUUGGGGAAGCCUGCCGGUAGGCAUGACGUUUCUUGCCUUUCAAAUCCCCUCGAUCCUUCUUGCGCCGUUGGUCGGGUGCCUCCGUGACCGAGUCGGUCUGCGAUACCCAACCGUAGCUGGAUGGGCUCUCAUGGUACCCCUACUAUGGCUCCUGGGUAUCCCCGGACAAAGCCACUCUACUUGGGGCAACAUUGGCUACGACGGCAGGGCCAUGUUUAUAGUCUGUAUUGCUGCCAUCGGCACCGCCUCGACCCUUGUCCGCGGAGCCGGUGCUCUGCAGAUGACAGGCCCCCCGAUGACAGCUGUGGUUCACGACAUGCAGACAAAGAAUCCGAGAGUCUUUGGCGACUACGGGGGAAGCUCUCGGGUCUUUUCAAUGACAGAAAUAUCAUUCAGCCUCGGCAUGAUGGUGGGACCCCUGCUCUCGGGCUUGCUCUCCGAAGCAGUCGGAUACUAUUACAUGAACCUGACCUUGGGUGAGUUGACAACAUGUCUGGCCCCUGGCCCCUGGCCCCUGGCCCCGUCGCAGCCGGCUGAUUCGAGUAGGCGCGAUUUGCUCGGUGGUGGCCCUCUCCUCGUUUUACCUUCUUGA